ACAACACACAGCAGUGUACGUGGCCCGUUGGAUAAAAAUAGAAGGCCUUACUGCAGCACGACGAGGCGGGGUCAAAAACCCUAGAUAUUUAUCAACGCACACCCACAGAAAGACACACACAGUAAUCGCUACCUUCUGUUCGCUAGAUUCGUAUCCCUUAGCAGUUUACUCCCGAGUGUUUUGUCCAUAUUUUGUAAUGGCUGGUCGGCGGGAUAGCUAUGGGAAGCGGUCUCAUUCUCAGUCAGACUACAGUGAAAAUGGGGGAAAUAAAAGGAGAAGUACUAGAAACGAUAAGGAUCCUUUCUCUAUUGGCCCGGAUGAUACAGUAUACCGGUACUUGUGCCCAAUAAAGAAGAUUGGCAGUAUCAUAGGUAAAGGAGGGGAAAUUGUUAAACAAUUAAGGGUGGACACUAAAUCAAAAAUCAGAAUUGGAGAGACAGUACCUGACUGUGAUGAACGCGUUGUCACCAUCUACAGCUCAAGUGAAGAAACAAAUGAGUUUGAUGGCACUGAAGAUCGUGUUUGUCCAUCUCAGGAUGCCCUAUUCAGAGUAUAUGAUAAAAUUGUUAAUGACGACACUAUGGACGAGGACUCUGAGGAAGCACCACAGGUUACUGUUAAGCUUCUAGUACCUUCAGAUCAGGUUGGAUGUAUUAUCGGAAAAGGGGGACAGAUAGUUCAGGACAUUCGGAGUGAAACUGGUGCGCAGAUUCGUAUUUUGAAAGAUAAGCAUUUGCCUGCAUGUGCAUUGAGCUCAGAUGAACUUGUGCAGAUAUCUGGUGAAGUUGCUGUAGUGAGGAAGGCUCUCUAUGAAAUUGCAACUCGUCUUCACAAUAAUCCAUCCCGUUCUCAACACAUGCUAGCCUCCGAUGCACCAAAUGUCUACUCAUCGAGCAGUUCACUUAUAGCUCCUGCUGGUGGUGCUCCAAUUGUGGGAAUAGCUCCACUAGUGGGGCCGUAUGGGGGUUAUAAAGGGGAGAGUGGUGACUGGUCGAGGACUUUCUACUCAGCUCCAAGGGAUGAAUCAUCUUCAAAGGAAUUUUCUCUUCGUUUAGUGUGUCCAUCUGCAAAUAUUGGAGGUGUUAUUGGCAAAGGUGGUGUCAUAAUAAACCAAAUUAGACAAGAAUCUGGUGCAGUGAUCAAGGUUAAUAGUUCUAAUACUGAAGGUGACAAUUGUGUGAUUUCUAUUUCUGCAAAAGAGUUUUUUGAGGACACAUAUUCUCCCACAAUUGAAGCAGCAUUGCGCUUGCAACCAAGGUGCCGUGAGGAAGUGGAACGGGAUUCAGGUAUUAUAUCAUACACCACAAGGUUGCUGGUUCCAGCAUCCCGAAUUGGCUGUCUUAUUGGGAAAGGAGGAUCCAUAAUAAAUGAGAUGAGGAAAAUCACGAAAGCUAAUAUUCGUAUUCUCUCGAAGGAAGACCUUCCGAAGGUUGCAGCUGAAGAUGAGGAGAUGGUACAGAUAUCAGGAGAUCUUGAUGUGGCAAAGGAUGCACUCGUACAAGUAACUUCACGUUUAAGGGCAAAUCUUUUUGAAAAAGAGGGGCCCAUGUCUGCCUUUGUGCAAGUUCUUCCCUACCUCCCCAUGUCAACGGAUUCAGAUACUUUGAAAUAUGAAAACAGAGAUGCUAGGAGACAUGCACGAGAACAUUCCUACUCAACUGGGUAUGGUGGUACUAGUGAUCUUCCACAUGCUGAUGGUUUUGGAAGUUAUGGUACUCUCCAGAGUAGUAGUAGUUUAGGGUAUGGGGCAUAUGAAGGAUAUUCCCCUGCUUAUCCGAAAGAAGGAUAUUCCCCUGCUUAUCCAAAAGAAGGAUAUUCCCAUGGGCGUUCCAGUGGAUCUGGGUCAUCAAGGCAAAACUCUGCCUCCCGGAGAAAAAGUUAUGGUUAUUAGAGCUUGUAACAGGACCACAGCCGAGAUAUCUGAAGCCUGAAGCCAGCCUACUGUCACCUUUGAUGAAGCCUCAUGCCUAAACCAGAUGACCAGAUGAAUGCAGAUAUCGAAAUCCAUUGCCUACCUUGAUGUUUUCCUUAGGAGGACCAUGUCCGAAGAUCUUACCUACUAUCAAAAUUUGCCAAGACCUGACACCAUAUAUUUCCGAGAUCAAACUCUUGUGCUUCCAAGAACCUGUGUAGCCUGCGGCCUCAUCCUUUCUUCCCAUUUGUAGUCUACUAUAGAUGAAUUUCACUGUCAAAUCUCGGCCAUGUGUCCUGUUGUCUUGUUUUCAGUUUAUUGUUAUUUGUAUGAAUCUACUGUUAGUUGGAUUUUCAUAUUUGAUGCUGCAGAUGCUAGACCUGGUGGAGAUUUCUGUGUGUUGUUCUAGUUUUGAUUAUGAUGCAAUGUUGCGAAAUGAGCCCCUUCACAAUAUCUUCAAAAGUAUUGCUACGUUACUAGAAAGCCUGCAUAUUUCUUCAUUAUCUGCGAUAAUAUUCAAUCAUGAUUUCCUAUGUGUCCUUGUCAUUUUAUUGGCAAAAGUAUCUUGCUAAAAGUAGAUUGCUCUUCUGAAGAGGAUGUCGUGGCUAUGGAAUGUGCAUACAGCUUAAGCUACAUGGGUGCCUGCAGUUCUCUGUAGACACUGGAUCUUCAUUGCUGUGAUUAGUAGUGCUAUAUGUAUCAGUAAUGCCAAAACGCAGUGAUAUUCACUGUCAAUCAAUGUGGAAUCUGAUAGCUCUUGGGAGUACUGGUUGGAAUUAACUGAAGCAGGUAUAUAUCUUAUGGUAAGUCUCAAUAUUCUUUUUAUUGGAUGCUUACUUUUGUUAUAUGAUUUAUGUGCAAGUGCUGAUAUUAUUGCGCAAUGAAUCAGCAUAUUUGGUGGAAUUUACUCAUGUAUGCAAAAGUAGGUACUCAUAUUUUCUCUGCAUUUGUUUGACUAUAAUGUUGUUUCAAAAGUGUCUGCUCCCAUCUGAAGUUAAACCAUCUCUUCUUUGUUCUCUUUCAUACUGUUUUUGGACACAGUUAGUAUGCUUCAUUUGCUGAUGCCUUUAUUAUUGCUCCUAUCAUGCAAUGCUCCAUUGUUUGUCCUUCUUGAGAGUGGUGGGGGUUGAGUUGGAGGGUUGGCUAUGUCUUGAAGAAGGGUGGUUGAAUGAUAUGAGAGGAUACUUGUUUACAAAGACAAUCGAUCAUGGGGUGUGAAAAUCGAUCCUGAGUUGGGUUGAUCUCAUACAAGUAGUUGUACCAAGUUGAGGCUUUAGUAGGAGAUUGAUCCUACAACUAAUCAUGCGAAUUAGAAGUUGCUCUCCUAUUGCAUAGAAUAUAGAAGUUCUAUAUAAUUUGUCAUGUGUUAUCUUUCUUCCUUCCCCUUGCCCCCCCCCCCCCCACCCCCACCCCACCCACAACAACAACAACAAAAACACACAAAAAAACCCACCACACACACUCCAACAAAAAAAACCACCACCACCACACGCAGUUCUUUAAAAUCCCCCUGGUGGACAUCACAGUUGGAACUUGUUCUAGACAGUCGACUUGCUUGAUUAUUGACUGGAAUUACAACAGGUGCGGUAAAAUUACCCCUCAUAUGAUCCAGUUGUUUCUUAGGGUGGUAGAUGUUUUUUUUUAAUAUUUUGAUAUGUUUGAUGUAUUCAUUAGGUAUCCGUAUUUGUAAUACAACCUUUUGGAUGGUAAUAUUUUGCCUAAGAUUCGGAGUUUUUGUUUC